AUGUCGUCAUCCAUGCGAAACGCCGUCCAGCGGCGCUCCCAUCGUGAGCGUGCGCAGCCGCUGGAGCGGAAGCGGCUUGGCCUGCUGGAGAAGCACAAGGACUACGCACUCCGUGCCAAAGAUUGGUCGAAAAAGAAAGCAGAACUCCAGCGGCUUCGCGAGAAGGCGGCCGAACGUAACGAGGAUGAGUUCUCGUUCAAGAUGUUGUCACGCCAGGGCCCGAGCUCUGCGCUGAUGCGCGGCAGCGACGAGAAGCGGGCGCGGAACUGGGACGGCACAACCCUUGGAAAGCGCGAGGGAAAGACUUUGUCGAUGGACACGGUGCGGCUGCUCAAGACGCAGGACGCGGGCUAUAUCCGGACGGUGCGGAAUGUGGUAGCCAAAGAGGUGCAGGCUCUAGAGGAGCGGGCAGAGACGGCACGGUCGUUUGUGGGGCGGGGGCUGAACGAAAACGAGGAGGAGGACGGGGACGACGAGGACGCCGAGGUUCUGACCAAGGCCAUGCUGAAGGCGAAGCGAAAAGCCAAGAUGACCGGCACCAAGAUUGUUUUUGCCGAGACGGCAGCGGAUCGCGACACGGCCAUGGUGGAGGAUGAAGGGGACAAGGAGGACGAAGCGGAGGACGAGGACCAGACCAAGGGCGAGGACUCCAAAGAGAGCGACGCACAGCGCAAAGCCGAGAUGGCAGCGCGGCUACAACGACGACUGGCAACGGCACGAAUGCGGCUCAGAGCACUGACGGAAGCUGAGCAGGAGCUGGACAUGCAGCGGGCACGCAUGGCCAAGACGGCGACGGUGGACGUGAUCACGCGGACAGGGAAGCGGAUCAAGAUGCGGGAGCGGAAGCGGUGA